AUGGAUAUAGAUCGUGAUCUCCAAACUUCUGAAGAGUAUUCUGAGGACCAAAUUUCUCAGUCUAUUAUAAAUGAUGAGGACAACGAUGAGGAGAAUGACGAAAGCGAUGAAGAAGAAGUCGACGUCGUAGUUAAACCACCAUCAAAUAAAGAGGCUCUGGAGGCUUUAGAAGUGAUAAGGAGAGCUGUCCAUCACCGUGGUAAUAAUUUUAAUAUACAAUACGAAUACGAACAGUAUAUUUUCGGAAUAUUAGAAGAAAAUAAAAAACAAACUAAAAUUACAAAUUUUUUUCAAAAAUAG